GGAGAUGGUGACUUCGCUAAUCAACCACUACUACUGCUCCCUGCGUCGCGGGUGCCGCUGCGGCUGCUGCUCUGGACCUCCUCCACUUCAAUCAAUCAAUUACCAUAGGAAAUUCGAUCGCCUGUCUGCUACUCUACUCCACUGCAGGAUUCAUUUUGCUGCUGCGGUUGCUUUGAUUGUGUCGGCUCUGCCGGGUGAGACAAUCACCGGUGCACCUACUUCUUAUCAGUGUUGCAUAAGAGUCCCUGUUGUUUCCGAGCUCGUUCCGGGCGGGGCAUCUCUGGGAUCGAGGUUUAGGGCUUAGGAGGCACCUUCAUCUGAUUUUGCGAUCCGUGGCGAUCUCCUACGAGCAGGCUGUUUCCUGGUUAGUGAAGCUCGAUCGCUGAAGACCGGAAGGCUUUGUUUGGGCGCUGCGCUGGGGUAGAUAGCGAUAGGGUUUCGGAUGGGAAGGUGGAUCUACGAGGCUGUGGUGUGGGGCGAGGGACGUUUCUUGCGAAGAAGCUGCAGCAACUUGUCAGCCUAGGCGCCGUUGCGAAGGAAUGCGAGGGUGGGACACAGGAGUUUGGAGGACGUGUUGCAUUGGAUUGGGAGACAGGUGGUGAGGCGACAUUGUAGGGACGGGCUGAAUUGUAUGUGAGGUAUUUGUAAAGAUGAAGUGAGCACGAAUAGUGGGGCAGGUAGAGUCCGAAGGAGGGUCUUGUAUUCGAUCUGAGUGUAACCGGAACGUCAUAAUCAUAGUUCAUGGUAUACAGUAGCCGGCUCUCACUUAGACGGAUAAAUUUCAUACUUUGGAUUUGGAUUGAAUUAGCAGAGCUCGCUCAAGACAGGAGCUUCCAAGUUUGACGGCAUGGCUGAUACUGGGGGUCAGGAUGGGAGCACAGCAGCUUCUCGCCUUAAUGCCGGGCGUCGAGAUCCUUACGAGGUGCUUGGUUUGCCGCGUGAUGCCACGGAUCAACAAAUCAAGAGCACUUACAGGAAGUUGGCUUUGAAGUAUCAUCCAGAUAAGAACACAGGCAAUCCUGAGGCCGCUGACAAAUUUAAGGAAGUCGCUUAUUCCUAUGGCAUUCUCUCAGAUCCAGAGAAGCGUAGGCAGUAUGAUGCUGGUGGAUUUGACGCUUUUGAUUUAGAGGGACUAGACAUGGAGCUGGACCUUUCAAAUCUUGGAACUGUGAAUACCAUGUUUGCUGCACUGUUCAGCAAGUUGGGUGUUCCAAUCAAAACAACUAUCUCAGCUACUGUUUUAGAAGAGGCACUUAAUGGUACCGUGACGAUUAGACCACUUCCCUUGGGGCGACCCGUGAAUGACAAAGUUGAGAAGCAGGGGGCUCACUUUUUUGGCAUCACAAUUUCUGAAGCACAAGCAGAAGCGGGUGUUGUGGUGCGGGUGGUCUCAUCUGUACAGAGCAAGUUCAAAUUAUUGUACUUUGAGCAAGAAGAAAAUGGUGGAUUAGGUUUGGCGUUGCAGGAAGACAGUGUAAAGACAGGAAAGGUCACAUCUGCUGGCAUGUACUUCUUACAUUUUCAAGUGUAUCGAUUGGACCCGACAAUCAAUGCGCUCGCAAUAGCAAAAGAUCCAGACGCGGCAUUUUUCAAGAGGUUGGAAGGCCUGCAACCCUGUGAAAUGUCGAAAUUAACGGCAGGCACACACAUUUUUGCCGUGUAUGGUGAUAACUUCUUUAAGAGCGCCAGCUACACAAUCGAGGCUAUUUGUGCUGAGUCAUAUUUGGAGACAGCAGUCAAGUUAAAAGAUAUUGAAACUCAGUUACUCUCAAAACGAAAUGAACUGAAACAGUUCGAGGUCGAGUAUCGAGAGGUCUUGGCUCGUUUCCAAGCUGUUACAAAUAAGUAUGCACAAGAGAAACAAGCGGUGGAUGAGUUGCUAAAAUCACGUGAAAAGAUCCAAGAAUCCUUCACUUCUGUUCCCACAACCCCUAAAAAGAUGUCUGGUGGCAGCAGUAGCAGCGCCAAGGUAAUUGGGGGGGAUAGCGCCACGAGCGCAGAUGAGAACGAAUCUCCUCCCACUGAAGACCCAAAUGUUGAUAAAGCCAAUAAGUCAAAGAAGUGGUUUAAUUUGAACUUCAAAAGCGGUAUUGGUGCGACUGGUAAAUAAUUGGUGUUUUAAAGGUCCAGUAGUUGUCUAGGUAUUCGUUCUUAGUCUUGUAUUGCUAGUGAACUCUGGUGGAGCGUUUUUGCAAGGAAAAGUUCUACUUCAAAUUCGUGUGGUGAUAGUUUAUUUGUGCUUCCUCACCUGGUCGUCUGCAAUAGUUUACAGGUCGGUUACCAUCUUGCAAUAACACCAUUAUAGUCACAUCAGUUUUCCUCAAUAUCUGAAUUGGGUACGUCAGCAGUCGCGAGUUCGCUGAGUACACGUAGCCUUACUAUGGAGGUCGCAGCCAAUUAGGAUUUUGCCAAUUUGAUAGGCGUAUUGGAUCCCAGAUUUCAUCUAGAGGGUGUUACGGUUAGCACCGACUUGUUCAGAAGUCUUAUUAGCCGUCAUUGGUUUACUGGAAACGCCAGUUUAGAAGUGUUAAACCAAUAGAUGGGCUUUUUCAAACAUGAAUACCUGCUAGGUUCAUAAAACUGAUUCUACUUUUUGUCUUGCA